AUGAACUUCAACAUCUACAGUGGCAUGAGCAAGUUUGUGUUCCUCGUGUUCACUAUCAUGUUGCCCAUUAUGUUGCUGAACAUGUUGAUCGCUAUGAUGGCCAACACAUACAGUACCGUCAUUUCUAUGUCAGAGAAGGAGUGGGUUAAGGCAUGGGCCAAGAUCGUCAUUGCCUUAGAGCGCGCCGUGUCCCAGGAGAAGGCGAAGACGUACCUCUACAUGUACAGCCUGCCCCUAGGCGGAGGCGUCGACGGAGGAGAGGAGGCCCUCGGCGUGAUGGUGAUCAAGAGCAAAGACAAGACGAAGGCCAAGCAGAGGAAGGGAGCGCUUAGUAACUGGAAGCGCGUGGGCCGAGUUACAAUCGACGCCCUGCACAGGAGAGGCGUCACUGGAGAAUUCUUGCGCCGGGAAAUGUGGGGGCUUCAGACGGCAGCUUCCACGCCUGUCAAAGGGCCCACCAAGAAGAAGGGCGGCCCGGGCAUGUACGGCAUCACGGGCGCGGGCGGCGGCGGCAGCGGCCUCGACAUCAUGGGCGACGCGCUCAACCAGGCCAUGUUCGCGGCCGACAUGGACGGCGACGGCAUCCCCGACAACGGCUUCGGCGCCUUCAGCGGCGCCAUCGACCAGCUGGCCUUUACGCACGACCUCGACUUCUCCGGCGACGGCGUCGACGACGACCCGCUCAAGGCCAAGGGGCCCGGAGGGGCGGCGCCCCCCGCCGGAGCACCAAGGGCGCCCGGCUCCGCGCUCCCGCCCGUGCCCGAGAAGAAGAAGAAGAAGAAGAAGCCCGAGGACGGCUUCGACAACCCCGCCUUCAUCGACGACGAGGAGCUGCUGCUGGCGGCGGCGCUGGGCGGCCACGAGUCCGACGACUCCGACGACGCCGACAUGCUGGCGUCGCGCCGCCUGGCGCAGCCCAGGAUCGUCAUCCAGGCGGAGACGGUCACGGCCGCCCCCGCCGUGGUCCCGCCGGCGCCCGUGGGCCCCGCGGCGGCCAAACCCACGCAGCCGCCGCCGCAGCCGCCCGUCGACGUGAACGCCCUCGCGCGGCCACGGCUGCCGUCCGCCAAGAUGCGGCGCAUCGGCUCGGCGCGCAAGACGCCCUCGCGCUUCACCAUGACGUUUGACGACGGCUUCAGUGCCCAGAAGGCCAAGGGCGCCAAGGUCGGGGACGCCAAGGUCCUCGGCGCCGUGCCGCCGUCCGAGGGCACCGCCGCCAAGGAAACUAAGGGCAAAGCAAGCCUCGAGGCCGACGCGUCGCCGCCGGAGGAGGACGCCUCGGGCGAGAAGUGGGCCUCGAAGCCCCGGCGUAGUAGCAAGAACAAGGUGGCACCGUCGGGCAGCUCGGAGGAGAGCGUCGAGGCGGAGACCAAGGACGACUUCGACGUGGGCCUCCAGUCGGGCGCCGACUCCACGCGCGAGGAGGUCCGCGCCAAGGAGAAGAAGGAGCGCCCCAAAACGUCCGUGGCCAGCCAGAAGAUGAAGAAGCGGGCCACGGACGACGUCGGCAACAUGAACAGCAUCUUGCCGUGGGACAACGAGGACGGCGACAUCAAAUAG